CUUAAAGACAGUAGUUAUUAAUAAUUUCAGCGCAACUUUUUCUAAAGGUAAUUGCGAAAUCGAUUUUUGUGAUACUUUGGUCGAUUUCAGUGACUUUUUAGAUAAAUAUGACCAAAGUAACGAUACAGUGCUUGAUUUAGACCCUGAGAUUCUAAGUGCCUCUAUGAAAUAAUGGACAGUUCUGUUGAAUGGAAUCCUUCAAAUGGUUAUGUGGCUGGACAGACUCAAAAUUGAUAGACAUUGUGAAUCCCGUGCAAGGUUAUUUUCUUUGAUUGUCACUGAAAAACAUCUAUGUGAGACUUUUAAAGAGCAUGAUGAGGAAAAGCGAUUGAAGUAUGCAAGUGAAGAUUUAAUUAACCUGAUUGGUCUUCUGGAUGAAAAGCUGUAUGCAUUUUUAGAGCAGCAAGGUACAGACGACCAACUGGAAGUUAAAUUUAAAUGGAGGUAUUCCUGCAUCCUUCAAAAUUACAGCUUUUGUCAGCAGCAUGAUGUGGCAAAAGGUGCACCAUCCUUGGGAAGGAGCAGUUGGACGAAGAAUAAUUAUUGAUUUUGUUACUCCCUGUAAUGUUAAAGCCAUCAAGAGCUUUUGGUUUUAAGUAUGAGGAAUAUCUUGUUUAUUUUU